GUGGAAACCAUAAUUAAAAAAACCGUUUUUAUUAGUUAAGUGUUUCGUUCGUUUUGGUUAUAAAAAUAUUUAAAAUAAAAAUGAAAUCCAAUUUUUUGAUAAAUACAUUGUUUCCAUUGAUUUGCAUUAUUAUUAUUAUUAGUAGCAGUAUUAAGGGGUCAUUUAGUUUACGACCCGCUAUCAAAAAUUACCAAAACUUCAAUAAUAAUAAUAAUAAUAAUUAUGCCGAUAAUUAUACACCAAUUCCGGCCAAUUUUUCAAUUAAAUGGUAUGACCAAAAGUUAGACCAUUUUAAUUAUGUAGAAACCCAACGAUUCAAACAACGUUAUAUUGUGUCGACUGACCACUGGUGCGAUGGUUGUCCCAUAUUUUUCUAUGCCGGCAACGAGGGCGACAUUUUUAUGUUUGCCAACAAUACGGGUUUUAUGUGGGAAAAUGCCCGCCGUUUUCGGGCAAUGGUAUUGUUUGCCGAACACCGAUACUAUGGCAAGUCUAUACCGUUUGGCAAACUUGAUCGCAAUCUCCAACAUCUCGGCUAUCUGACCACUGAACAAGCGUUGGCCGAUUUUGCCGAGUUAUUGGAGUUUAUUAAUGACACUGAACCAAAAGCGGCCAACAGUCCAGUGGUAACGUUUGGCGGCAGUUAUGGCGGUAUGCUGGCCGCAUGGUUUCGCAUGAAAUACCCGCAUCUGACUGUCGGUGCGUUGGCUGCAUCGGCACCGAUACUCCAGUUUCCCGGCAUUUACGACUGUAACGGUUACUUUGAUAUUGUUAGCAAAGAUUUCAAAGACUAUUCGGUCAAUUGCUAUGAAAGCAUACGCAAGUCGUGGCCAGCGGUACGCCGACUGUUGGAUACGGUUGACGGUCGCAAAUGGUUGUCCAAAACGUUUGUCAUGUGUAAGCCAUUGGAGGAAACACAGAAAGAGGACUUUGUUAGCUGGCUAUCAAAUACAUGGGAAAGUCUGGCAAUGAUUGACUACCCAAAUCCGGCAUCAUUUUUGCAACCAUUGCCCGCUUAUCCCAUACGCGAAGUGUGCAAACUGUUGACCGAUCCGACCAAAACCGAUCGGCUAUUGCUUGAGGACAUCUAUAGAGGCGCAUCCAUUUACUAUAACUAUACCGGCAAAACCAAAUGCAAUGAUAUCAGUCUACAGGCACAGGAUUUGGGAACCGAUGCCUGGAAUUUUCAGGCCUGUACUGAAAUGGUGUUACCUGUCUGUGCCAAUGGCCAGACGGAUAUGUUUUGGGAUAGACCAUGGAAUUUGACCGAAUUUUCUGAUGGAUGCCGUAAAACAUAUGGUGUUCCGUCCGAUAAGGAAAAGGCUAUUAUAUUGUUUGGCGGUAAACAUAUCGGAGCCGCCACUAACAUCAUAUUCAGUCAGGGAUCACGCGACCCGUGGAGUGUCGGCGGUGUACUCAAGACAGUGGCGCCGUCAUUGCCGGCCAUUUUGAUACCGAAUGCCUGUCAUCACGAAGAUCUGCGAUCGGAAGGUCCGAAUGAUCCGCCAGAGCUGAAGGCGGCCCGUAAUCAGGAGAUCCAGAUUAUUGGCGAUUGGAUUAAACAACAUUAUCGGCAAAUUGAUCCCAAUUUAUAUCGGCAAUGGGUUCACAAUUUUAACGGCGAUUUAGUUACUGAUAUUUGAGUUUAUUAUUUUAUAGAUAAAAAUUACAUAUACUAUUGAUAUUUAUAGACUAUUAAAAUUAUUUUUUUAAAAAAUGAAAAAAUUUUAAGACUAAAUAUAUGAUAGCAAAACAAAUAUGAAAAUAUUUUUAAAAAUAAACAGUAAUGCAAACAAACAG